GCACCAUAUAUUAGACUAGCUAUGUGCAUGUUACACACGUUAAAAAUAUGUACGGCAUUCCGCCCACUUAUCGAAAUUUUUUUAAGAAUUUUAUCUAAAUAUUAUUAAAAUAUAUUCAACUGAACCUUUCGUCAUGCCCUCAACGAGGCAAAAGGAAUUUAUAUUUAAAGCAGCGAGACGGAACACUGACUAUCAAUAUACUUACUAUACGCAAAAUGCACAUAAUGAUAAAUAUAUUACUCAUUCUUUGCGCAGUUUCGAUAGAAACAGAGACUACGGAUCACGCUUCCCGCAUCAGACACAAACACCCGCCAAAUCAGAGGCAGCUUUCGCCCCAAAAGUGCGACCUGAUAUGUCCCGGUCAACCGCCAUAUCCGCUUCCGCCAGACUUUAUCCACAACUGCAGACCCGCGACUACGCCGCCAAAGCCCACAACGACGACCAAGAGAGCACCAACUACUACCUCAGCGAGUAAAAAUGUCACAGAGGGCGGGGAAAGUACCGAAAGCAAUGAAGAAGGCAGCGAGGAAAGCGGAGAAACCAAAAGGAACCGGCACGGUUAUCGAAAUUCGGAUUCGCACAAGAAAACGAAAAAAAUAGAUCCGACGAAGACAAACGAACGAAAACACGUGCUACGUCGAGAAAGGGUAUUAAUCAAGAAACACAUUAAAGAGAAAAUAUUCCCCAGCGAGAGAGUGAGAUUGGACGGAUGUUACGUCAUUUGUUCGGAGGCACCAUAUGGUAAUCCGGGCGUGCCUCAGGGUUCGGUUGUCAAUCCCGGUUCAAAUGAUCCUGAUAUCCACUACAUAGAAGGGGGCGACUCGCCAAUAGAUAUUAUCUACAUACCGCCCGUCCUACAACAGCCGCCUCCGCCGCCGCCGCAGAGGCCACCCGGCGACUUCUUCGGCUUACCCAAUCCUAUCCCCUUCAUCCCCAAUCCUUUCCCUCAGCCCCCGUUUUUAGAUUUUAUUCCGCCUAUUUUUCAAGAGAAAAGAAAUAGAAACAAAGUACACACGUCCAAACAAGGGAAGUCGCACGGCGAGCCAAUUGAAAUUCACCACUGACCAUACAACCGCUUCCAAUAUUUUAUAUUUAUUAUCACUAUUUUAUAUUGCAAAGAGAGGGGGCAGUUUUACCAGAAGAUAAUAAACGAUUUUUGAUUUAACCGUCAGUUAACGCGAGUAGUGACGACAUAAAAAGUGCGACACAAAUUUUUACAAUGAUAUGAGGCCAAGAUAAAUGUAAACGCAAUAUGUAUUGCAUAGUACUCAUAUAAAUAAAAUGUACCUACUAAUUUUACUAAUAUACCUACCUAAUAUAAAUUUGGCAGAUAAAUUUACC